UAGGACCGCUAGGAGCGCUGCAGUUAUUGAACUUGUGCCGUUCUUGCAGUUCGUUCGCUUUUUCUCUGUGAAGGUGAAUUCGGUCGGGAAGAAAAAUGGCGGCUGCCUAUCUUUCUCACCGGCAGAAAGUACUUAGCUUGUAUAAACGGGCGCUACGACACAUUGAGUCGUGGUGUGUAUUUAGGGACAAAUAUCGUUUUUAUGCAUGUUUGCUAAGAGCCCGCUUUGAUGAGAAUAAAGAUGAAAAGGAUAUGGUGAAAGCUGUAAAACUUUUGAAAUUGGGUGAGGAGGAGUUUUGGGCUAAUCAGCACCCACAACCCUAUAUCUUCCCAGACUCUCCUGGAGGCACUUCCUAUGAGAGAUACGAUUGCUACAAGGUGAAGCAGCUGCAAGAGGAGACCCAAUCUGAUGGUCCCAAAACUGAAGCUCUUCCUCCUGCCCGAAAAGAAGGACAUCUGCCUCCUCUUUGGUGGCAGUAUGUAACUAGACCCCGUGAACGUCCAAUGUGAAUUGCAACUUGGUUGUUAAAGUAAAAGAUGCAGAUAAAUGUAUAUUUUUAAGCCAGUAUUAUGUGCAGAAAUGCAUCCCAGUAAUAAUUUCUGUGCAAAUGCUAAAAAUAAAAAAAAAAUGAAUUUGUUUGAA